AUGGGGUUUUAUUUGUUCCUCUUCAUUAUAUUUGACAUCAUUUUUCUUUUUUAUUUUCUCUCAUUUUAUUUUUUCGAAUUUUCUUUUCUUAUUUCUUUCUUAUUUUUUCUCUCUUAUUUUUUUUUCCAUUUUCUUUUUCUUUUUUUCGUUCACUUAUUUUCUUUUUUAUUUUCUUUUUCAUCCAUUUUCAAUUUUCUUUUUUUUCAAAAAUUUUCAUUUCAUUUUUUUUUUAAUCCAUUUUCUUUUCUUUUUCUCGUUCAUUAUUUUCUUUUCUCUUAUUUCUUUUUAAUCCAUUUUCUUUUCUUCUUUUCUCUAAUUCUAUUAUUUUCUCAUUCACUCGCUUACUUCACUUAUUUUCUCAUUAACUCAUUUUCUUCUCUGAUUUUUUCAUUCACUCAUUUUCUUCUCUUAUUUCCUCUUUCACAGAUUUUCUUCUUUUAUUUUUUCAUUCACUCAUUUUCUUCUGUUAUUUUCUCAUUCAUGCAUAUUCUUCUCUUAUUUUCUCUUACACUUAUUUUCUUUACUUAUUUUCUCAUUCAUUCAUUUUCUCUUAUUUUCUUUCACUCAUUUUUCUCGUAUUUUUUCUUCAAAUCAUUUUCUUCUCUUUUUUCUCUUUCACUCAUUUUCAAUGCUUAUUUUCUCUUUCACUUAUUUUCUCCUCUUAUUUUUUUCUUUCACUCAUUUCCUUCUCUUAUUUUUCCCGAAGAAAUAAAUGUAUCUUUCCUUCUCCAAAUCCUAAAGAAUAUUUUAUUUUAUUUUUCUCGUCAGAUGAAAGAUUUAUAA